AUGAGCAAGCCGGCCGGAUCAACAAGCCGCAUUUUAGACAUCCCCUGUAAAGUGUGCGGCGACCGCAGCUCGGGCAAACACUACGGGGUCUACGCCUGCGACGGCUGCUCGGGGUUCUUCAAACGGAGCAUCCGCAGGAACAGGACGUACGUCUGCAAAUCUGGAAACCAGGGAGGCUGCCCCGUGGACAAGACGCACAGAAACCAGUGCAGGGCAUGUCGGCUCAAGAAGUGUUUGGAAGUCAACAUGAACAAAGAUGCUGUGCAGCACGAACGGGGCCCUCGGACGUCCACCAUCCGCAAGCAGGUGGCCCUCUACUUCCGUGGACACAAGGAGGAGAACGGGGCGGCCGCGCACUUCCCCGCGGCAGCGCUGCCCGCCCCGGCCUUCUUCACCACCGUCACGCAGCUGGAGCCGCACGGCCUGGAGCUGGCCACGGUGUCCGCCACGCCCGAGCGGCAGACCCUCGUGAGCCUGGCUCAGCCCACGCCCAAGUACCCCCAUGAAGUGAAUGGGACCCCCAUGUAUCUCUAUGAAGUGGCCACAGAGUCAGUGUGUGAAUCAGCUGCCAGGCUUCUCUUUAUGAGCAUCAAGUGGGCUAAGAGUGUACCAGCUUUCUCCACCCUGUCUUUGCAAGACCAGCUGAUGCUUUUGGAAGAUGCUUGGAGAGAACUGUUUGUUCUAGGAAUAGCACAAUGGGCCAUUCCGGUUGAUGCUAACACUCUACUGGCUGUAUCUGGCAUGAAUGGUGACAACACAGAUUCCCAGAAGCUGAACAAGAUUAUAUCUGAAAUACAGGCUUUACAAGAGGUGGUGGCUCGGUUUAGACAACUCCGGUUAGAUGCUACUGAAUUUGCCUGUCUGAAAUGCAUCGUCACUUUCAAAGCUGUUCCUACACAUAGUGGUUCUGAACUGAGAAGUUUCCGGAAUGCUGCUGCCAUUGCAGCUCUUCAAGACGAGGCUCAGCUAACUCUCAACAGCUACAUCCAUACCAGAUAUCCCACUCAACCCUGUCGCUUUGGAAAGCUUCUGUUGCUUUUGCCAGCUUUACGUUCUAUUAGCCCAUCAACCAUAGAAGAAGUGUUUUUCAAAAAAACCAUCGGCAAUGUACCAAUUACAAGACUGCUUUCAGAUAUGUACAAAUCCAGUGAUAUCUAA